CAGCUCCUCCAGUCGAGCAGUCCUAUGGCAUGUAUUGGUGGGCAUCUACAAGACACAAUACACUGUAUAAUACAAGCAGGGAUAGUGCAAAUAAGAGAAGCGCAGAUCUUUCCACCAGUCAGCUGUUUGCAAUGGAGAUCCUGGAGGCAGAAAUUCGUUCCAAACUCGUUUGCAACACAGGGGCGAGAGCUGCGCAAAUUGCGCAACGAUGGAUAAAUGACAUUUUUACGCGCGUCCACACCACCUGCGACGUUCCCGAACACGCAGUUUUUGGACCAUGUGAGCUGAAUCACACCACUGUUUAUGACAGCAUCGCCUACAUCGCUCUCAAGUCUAUGGACAGAAGAUCGGCACCAUACAUUUUAAGGGUGGACACCUCAGCGCACAAAAUGCCCACUGACGGUCCGAUGUGGCUGCGGCUCGUCCAGUCAGCCCGGAGCAGUGAGGAACAGAACCUGGAGGCCUAUGUGAAGAACGGACAACUGUUCUUUAGAGCCCUCAGGACGAUCCAGAAGGAUGAGGAGCUUUUGGUGUGGUAUGGGAAAGACCUUGCCAGGCUUCUUCUACUGAACCCAUUGCAGACGCAAAGCAAAGGUGCUGGUUCAUACACAUGUACAAACUGCAACCAGGGCUUUGAGUCUGAGUUCCCCUUCCUGGCACAUUGGAGAUUCCUUUGCACACAGAGACAACCAAACAGCCACACCACCAAACCUGGUCAAGACAACACCAACCAUGUGAAACCUGACUCCCUUCCCAUUCCUGCCUUCAAACGGAGCCAUCCAGAGACAAGUCCACAGGAUGGAAAACCUGCAACCGACUUCCACAAUCUAGCCAGGGAUAUGGAGAAUACCAGUAAUAAGACAGGCUUGUAUGGUACCAGGUCGGCAGGGAGUGCCCUCAAAAGGAAACACACGGAGGAGGAUAGAAAUGGCCCACAGCCUCUAGUCAGGAAGCAGGAACCACUGGAGAGAGGUUACUGUACUUUGAACGUGAACCAACCACCUAGCCCGGUCACCUGCCACCUGCCCACCAAUAUAAUAAGGAGCACCUUCACUAAAGACAGAACCACUCAACUAAAACCACAACUGAAGACCUCAGGGCCUGAAGACAUCAGAUCCAACCCACAGAACCAGAGCAUUCAGCCCGGAAGUGACCCAGCAGUGGAGCAGAGAGACUCAAAGAAGAAGGCUCUGAAAGACACUCUGUCUCUAUCUCCAUCCCGCUCUGAGGAAACCUCCACUGACUCUCCUCCUGUCACCUCUGCCUUCAACCAAGUCUCUGUCUCGGAGAACAGGAGAAGUGCCUUCUCCCAGCCCCCACGCUCUGUUCCACUUCCCCAGACUACCCCCCUGCCUGAGAGGGCUAAAAUCUCCAUUACUACUCCUUCUACUGAUCUCCACAGACCUGUGCUGGUCCAGGGUGUUUUGAAACAGAGGCACCCUCUUUAUAGCCCAGCAGCUCUCUGGCCCUGGACCCCAGGGAGACCCCUGCAGGUCCCGAUCCCCCCCUCCCCGGUGCUCCUGUCCCCUUCCGUCUCACGACUCUCUCCCCUCUGCCUGCCGGCUCAGAACUGGUGUGCCAAAUGCAACAUUUCCUUCCGUCUGACUUCAGACCUGGUGCAGCAUAUGAGGUCUCACCACAAGAGGGCGCUGGAUGCCACAGGAUCUGCGUGUGGGGUGAAACAACAGCGUCGCAGGGAGAGGGAAGAGAGGCUCAAGUGUUCCAUCUGUAGCGAGGUCUUCAGACAACGUCAUCACCUCGCACGUCACAUGACCUCUCAUACAUGAGUUCAGUGAGUUCUUAUCAUUAGUGAUGUAUAAUAUUCAUAUUGAUGAAGAUACUAAUGGGGAACUAAUUAAACACAUGAACUAACUAUUAUGUAAUUAUUAUAAUGUACAUUAACAAUGCAAUGACAUUUUAUUUGAAACAUGUAUGAGUCUGCUUUAUAUGUAAGGCGUCAUUUUUUCCCCUUAGAAAUAGUUUAGAUUUUCCUCUCAAUUCAGUCAAAUGUGACAUUUUUAGUAUGAUAUUUACUUUCUCAUUCUUUUACAAUAAAUUCUUGUUUUUUAAAAUAAUAUUACAAUAUUUUCGGUGUGGAUGUGACUUGAUU